GCUCCUGAUGAAGUCUUUCCCAUACUGGUGAAUGAGUCAUAUCUGGCAACCCAGCAGCUCACAGCUCCACUGCUACGUUUUCCUCGGCAGACCUCGGCUGUGUGUGUGUGUCUGAGUGGGAGAUGGACUGAGGGAGGGCGCUCUUUCGACCAGUGCUGCCGAUAGCAUUGAAAUACCCAGAAGCUAGGUUGAAAUAAUUGACAAAUCCAGGUCGCUGAAUCAACAAGAAAAUAAAAGUAGCAUUAUCAGUCUUUCACAUCCCACUCCAAACACACUAACACGGCAUUGAUGGUAAUGUAUGCAAGGAAACAACCGAGACUCGGCGAUGGGUGCGACCGAAGAGACUCUCAGCCCUAUCAGACUCUCAAAUACUCAUCCAAGAGCCAUCCAGGAGGGGACCACCGGCAUGAAAAGAUGCGCGACUCCUCAGAUGUCACUCCUCCCUGCAAAAUGCUCCGGAGGUCUGACAGCCCUGAGAACAAACACAUGGACAGCACGGGGCACGGCAGAGCAAAGGCCGUCCACACACACCGGGCCAGAGACAGGGACGGAGGGACCAGUUAUUCUCCACAGGAAAACUCUCACAACCACAGUUCUCUUCAUAGCUCCAACUCACAUUCGAACCCCAGCAAGACCUCAGACACACCUCAUGAACCUGGUGACGACUGGUCAGAGCACAUCAGCUCAUCUGGAAAGAAAUACUAUUACAACUGCAGGACAGAGGUGUCCCAGUGGGAGAAGCCCAAAGAAUGGCUUGAAAGAGAGCAGAGGCAAAAAGAGUCCACUAAGACGGCAGUCGUCAACAGUUUCCCCAAAGACAGGGACUACAGACGGGAGGCUAUGCAAGCAUCGGCAGCCCCUGGCUUUACUAGUUCAAAGUCCGCACAGGUGGAGAAACCUUCAGCCACCCAGUCCCAGUCCUCAUCCUCAGGCUCAGGGAGCUUGAACCCUUCAUCGGGGCCUCCUGGAUCAUCUGCCUCCACGGUGCCCGUGUCCCCAGUCCUGCAGUCCCCUGCCCCUCCACUACUCCAGGACCCCACCCUGCUGCGACAGCUUCUCCCUGCACUUCAGACCGCCCUGCAGCUCAACAACGCCAGCGUGGACAUGGCGAAAAUCAACGAAGUUCUCACAGCUGCUGUCACACAAGCUUCAUUACAGUCGAUGCUCCACAAGAUCCUCACUGCUGGACCCUCGGCUUUUAAUAUCACUACUAUCCUCUCUCAAGCUGCUCAACUCUCCAACCAAGCUCAGCAAUCGAACCAGUCGCCCAUGUCGUUAACAUCGGAUGCCUCAUCGCCCAGGUCUUAUGUUUCCCCGAGGAUCAGCACACCACAGACCAACGCUGGCCCCCUUAAACCCCUCCUCAGCACGCAGCCCGUCAUCUCACAGCAGAAAAGCACGCCAUCAGUGAAGCAGGCAUCUCAUCCCCAGCCCACCUCCCAGCAGCCCCUCUCCAGCGAUAAGCAGCACAUUCACGAUGCCACCACGGCUUCACCGCGCACCCUCCAGCGCCAAGGCAGUCAGAGGAGUCCCUCUCCGGGUUCCAACCAUGUCGCCUCCGGCAGCAGCAACCACGCCCCCAACUCUGCCUCCGCUCCCCAGAAUGCCUCAUCAACCCGGCCCUCCUGCUCCUUCACCCCGACCCUCGCUGCUCACUUUAAUGAGAAUCUCAUCAAACAUGUACAGGGGUGGCCCGCUGAACACGCAGAGAAACAGGCGUCAAGACUACGUGAAGAGGCUCACACCAUGGGGAGCAUCUGUAUGUCUGAGAACUGCACCGAGCUCAAAAACCUGCGGUCUUUGGUCCGAGUCUGUGAAAUACAAGCAACAUUACGUGAGCAGAGGAUACUGUUCCUCAGACAGCAAAUCAAAGAACUUGAAAAGUUGAAGAACCAGAAUUCUUUCAUGGUCUGAGAACUUCUGUUUGCGAGACGAAGCUAGAGUUUGGAAAAAGGGGGAGGAAGUACCCAUUGCACAUAGUUGGAAGCUGGAAGGGAGAAAGCAGUUGUCCGGUCCCUCUUGAGCCCAGUCUUAACACACACACACAGGAGCUGCAGGCGGGGUUUGCUUUGGACCGUUUGGGCUGCGAGAUCCAAGAGGGAGACAUGAAGAGCUGCUGAUGGGGAGAACGAGGAGCAGAAGAAGAAGAAGAAGAGGGGGAGUCUGGGGUGGUUUUACAAGACUUGGUUUUGUAAAAAAGAAAACCACAGCGGAAAAAAAUGUAGAUUUCUUGUAGAUGUUAUUAUCUAUGUUGUAAAUAUGUUUUGUAGAUUGAAGCCAUGGAAAGCCAUGCCUAUCAAAGCUUUUGACAUCCAAACUAAUCAACGCCUAGGCGGCUACAUUCAUUAGCUAGCCUUUCCUUCAUGUUAACUCGUCUGCAGACUUAAAGCUUCAUUUCAUCAGUUUUCGAUCACUGGACUAUGAGCGUGUCUGUGUGACCUGCAUGUGAAGAGAGAAGGAUGUUUGAAGCCGUUUAUUUACACAAAAAAACCUGUCAGAAAUCAUAACACACUGGUAGUUUUCCUCUUCUGAACAUGCUAAUCUGAAUCUAGAUUCUCCUCCUGUGACCUCCUCUUAAGGCGUAGAAAAACAUCCCCCUCUCUGCAGGUCCGGCCAGCACCGCUCUCAAAGGUUCAGUGAUCUCUUUGCAGCUUCUGGUGGCCCUGCAUGUCCCAGUCUGAAAAAAACAGUGCCUGGUGGUGUGAUGAAGUGAGUGAUUGAGAAUAAGAGAUGUGAUGGCGUGCUGCUUUGGACCAUUCCCACUGCCCCUCCCCCUGGCCUCGGCUCGGCCCUGCCCUGCCACACCUGGAAACUUCAACACUUCACACCCUCUUGUGUUUUUUUUUUUUUUUGUUCCUCUUUUCCCUCCCGGUUCAUUCCUUUGUACAGUCGCUAACAAACGGUGGAGUUUUAAGAAGAGGACGCAGAAUAAAAAAUGGUUUUAUUUAUAAGAGUUGUAGUGGUGAGCAGUAAAUCACACAUUUUUAGGAGUGGUGUUAGUGAGCGGAUGUUUGUGGAUCACCUUUUUGUGUCAGAGCAGGGCGGCAGAGGUCACAGGUCAAAUGUGAAAUGUAUGUAUUGUAAUAAACUUGUUCAACUAAAGCGAGCACUGGUUAUUUCAUUGGUUUGGUUCGAACGCUAGUGCCUUGUUGAAAGUCUUAAAUCUCGUUUUAACAGUAGAGCCCCAUGCUGUCUCUGAUCCUGUUUGGAAAGAUCUUCAACAAGGGUUUAGUUUCCAGCACGUCUCAUCCCGCUCUUUAAUUUAGUUUCCACCCCCCUCCGCAGCUGAAGAGCAGGGUCCUGAGCUGCAACAAGGCCUGUUUAUUUUGUUUUCCACCAUGCUAUCUGAGUCUGUAACUGAACAGCAUCACACAUUCAGUAAAGGUGACCACAUCAUUGCUUUGUAUAUUGUUUCCUGAAGUAUAUUGACAAAUGAAAUAAAAUAUGCCUCUCCAGAA